CCUACUGUAUACACACACUCACAUACCUGAGCCAAUACACAAAUUGCUUGUACACCUGGACAGGAUCUGUGCAGUCGCACACAGGUGGUUAUCUUGAAGGUCAUCUACUCAGAAUCUUCACCUGGUGUAUGUGACUUGUGCCCCUAUCUGGAGGGGGUACCAAUGUGGGCAAAGCAUGGAAGUGGACGAGAGUGGGGACCUACUGGAUCUCAGUUUCUUGACAGGGGAGGAGCAAAGAGUCAUAAUUCAAGUUCUAGAGCGAGACACAGAACUAAAGGAGAAAGAUGAACAGCGGGUGCGGAAGCUACGGUCAUCUCUUUCAGAUCCUCGUGCACUGAAACAAUUUUCUGGGGAUUGGUUCAAUGAUGUGAGGACAACACGUCCUUGGGGUCAAGUAGGUGGGGUUGAUAUUGUGAGGGCCUCAAUCAGGAGGAAGAAGAAGACCAGAGGUGAAUGGGACCAAAACUGGGGUCUGGAAGAACUAAACGGGGAUUAUGACAGUGAGGAUCCUGAUGAGGACGAGUCUGUACUAAGGUUAUCCAGCAACCCUUCCCCACAACAGUCCCAUGAUGACAUACAGGAUGGUUACAGUUCUAAAGAGGAAGACAGACCAGACCUUAUUCCUAUCCGUCGUCAUAUCCCUAGUGUUGGAGAAAUGGAGAUGGAAGAGAUAAACUUAUCACCAGUUGCUCUUACAAGAGAGGAAAAUCAUACUGAGGAUCUGUCUAUCAUGACGGGCCCUGGAGGUAAAGGACAUAGGAGUCUCAACAACAGCCCAUCAGUGCCAACUCUGGGCAAUAAAUCUCUCUCGGGCAGCAUGAUGAGCCUGUUCAGUGCAGGGGAUUUCCGUUCACUAGAGGUCCAAGGCUGGAUCCAGUUUUCUCUUCAAUACGAUACACCCAAGAAGGAGCUGAGAGUCUUGAUUAUACAAUGCAGGGACCUAACAGCAGCACAUAACCAAACUUCUAACCCGUAUGUGAAAUGUUAUUUACUCCCUGACAAAUCUGUACAAGGCAAGAGGAAAACAAAGGUGAAAAAAAAGACUCUGGAUCCUCUCUUCAAUGAAACUCUUAAGUACAAGCUUGACAGAUCAGAGCUACAAAGCCGUUUUCUAAACCUGUCUGUGUGGCAUCGGGGAUCACUAGCAAAAAACAUUUUCUUGGGAGAAGUAGAACUGGAUUUUGCAACCUGGGACUGGAGCCAAAUUCAGCCAGCCUGGCACAACUUACAGCCACGGACUCCACUUUCACCAGACUUUUUGUAUAGUCGAGGAAGGCUCAAUUUCGCUGUCAAAUUCAACCCAAAGGGUGCUGACGGUUUAGGGCUUCCACCCACAGGAGAGCUCCACAUUUGGGUGAAGGAGGCUCAGCAGCUGGUUCCCCAUAAAGCUGGGAAUGUCAGUUCUUACGUAAAAUGUUGUGUUCUCCCAGAUGACAGUCCAUCCAGUAUUCAGCGCACACGAGUGAUCCCACGUAGCUUACGACCUAUAUACAAUCACACUAUGGUAUAUGAUGGUUUCCGCAUAGAGGACCUGACUGAAGCUUGUGUGGAAUUCAGAGUUUGGGAUCAGGGAACUAUGUCUAGUCGACCAAUGGGAGGAAUUCGUCUCAGCACUGGUCGAGGAAGCAGUUAUAAUGUUCCUGUCAGCUGGAUGGAUUCUACAGAACAGGAAAAGACAUUCUGGGAGACGGUUAUAAAAAAUCCAGGAGAAUGGACAGAAGUGACACUGCCGUUAAGACAGAAUCUGACCCCACGCUGAUCUCCAGGAGGUCCCCAAGAUCCCGCUUAGACGCCAGUAGACAAAUUUUGCCCAACAAUGAGCGAGCAAUAUGGCUUUUGUCAAAUUUUGAAAAUAUCAUACUAUGCUAUGGACGUUAUCCUGGAAAAGAACUAAAUUAAAAUUUCAGACAUUAUUUAAGAAUACUAGCUUACCUAGAAAUUAUGUAACCCCAUUAAGUCACGUAAAUAUCUUUGCUAAUGUCCAAGACAGAAGGAAAAACUCACACUUACUUCAGAAACAUUGCACAUGGGAAAAACUAUUAAAAAAAGCCUGAGGGGGUGCUUCAGAGGUGGACGCUAAUAAACCAUUGGGAGAGUGCAUCCGAGACACAAUGCACAUGUGUCCCGAUGUUUACUGCCAAGGACGCAGAUCAGAGUUGUAUGGGGAUCCAUGCAAUUUCGAAGGGCGUCCCUGGGCGGUGUCAGGGGUGUGUGGCUAACAGCAUAGGGUGUGUCAGUGUCAGUGGUGCAAGUAGAAAAAAUGUCUUAAACGCGCACACCAAAAACUGGAUGUGGCCAAGUGCCACAUGGGGCGUGGCCAAUGAAAAUGGGGGCGUGAUACACAUAUGGGGGAGGGACAGAUACACAUAUGACCCCAAUAGUGCCAGAUACACGUUGCCCCACAGUGCCAGAUAUACAUUGCCCCACAGUGACAGAUACCCAUUGCCUCACAGUGCCAGAUACACAUUGCCCCACAGUGCCAGAUACCCAUUGCCUCACAGUGCCAGAUACACAUUGCCCCACAGUGCCAGAUACACAAAUGCCCCCAGAGUGCCAGAUACCCAUUGCCUCGCAGUGCCAGAUACACAUUGCCCCACAGUGCCAGAUACACAAAUGCCCCCACAGUGUCAGAUAGACAUUGCCUCCCAGUGGCAGAUACACAAAUGCCCCCACAGUGCCAGAUAUGCCCCCAGUGCCAGAUACAGAAAUGCCCCCAGUGCCAAGGUACACCAAAGGCGCGCACACAAAAAAUGGGUGUGGUCAAAUGCCACAUGGGGCGUGGCCAAUGAAAAUGGGGGCAUGAUACACAUAUGGGGGGAGGGACAGAUACACAUAUGACCCCAAUAGUGCCAGAUACACGUUGCCCUACAGUGCCAUAUAUACAUUGCCCCACAGUGCCAGAUACCCAUUGCCUCACAGUGCCAGAUACACAUUGCCCCACAGUGCCAGAUAGCCAUUGCCUCACAGUGCCAGAUACACAUUGCCCCACAGUGCCAGAUACACAAAUGCCCCCAGAGUGCCAGAUACCCAUUGCCUCACAGUGCCAGAUACACAUUGCCCCACAGUGCCAGAUAAACAAAUGCCUCCACAGUAUCAGAUAGACAUUGCCUCCCAGUGCAAGAUACACAAAUGCCCCCACAGUGCCAGAUAUGCCCCCAGUGCCAGAUAGAGAAAUGCCCCCAGUGCCAAGGUACACCGAAGGCGCGCACGCUAAAAAUGGGUGUGGCCAAAUGCCACAUGGGGCGUGAGCAAUGAAAAUGGGGGCGUGAUACACAUAUGGGGGGAGGGACAGAUACACAUAUGACCCCAAUAGUGCCAGAUACACGUUGCCCCACAGUGCCAGAUAUACAUUGCCCCACAGUGCCAGAUACCCAUUGCCUCAUAGUGCCAGAUACACAUUGCCCCACAGUGCCAGAUACACAUUGCCCCACAGUGCCAGAUAGCCAUUGCCUCACAGUGCCAGAUACACAUUGCCCCACAGUGCCAGAUACACAAAUGCCCCCAGAGUGCCAGAUACCCAUUGCGUCACAGUGCCAGAGUGCCAGAUACACAUUGCCCCACAGUGCCAGAUACACAAAUGCCCCCACAGUGUCAGAUAGACAUUGCCCCACAGUGCAAGAUACACAAAUGCCCCCACAGUGCCAGAUAUGCCCCCAGUGCCAAAUAUGCCCCCAGUGCCAGGUACACACAUCCCCCAGUGCCAGCUAUGCCCCCAGUGCCAGGUACACAUGUCCCCCCAGUACCAGAUAUGCCCCCAGUGCCAGAUAUGCUCCCAGUGCCAGGUACACAUGUCCCCGCAGUGCCAGAUAUGGCCACAGUGCCAGAUACACAUGUCCCCCCCAGUGCCAGAUAUGCCCCCAGUGCCAGGUACAUACGUCCCCCCAGUGCCAGAUAUGCCCCAAGUGCCAGGUACACACAUCCCCCCAGUGCCAGAUAUGUCCCCAGUGCCAAAUAUGCCCCCAGUGCCAGGUACACACGUCCCCCAGUGCCAGCUAUGCCCCCAGUUCCAGGUACACAUGUCCCCCCAGUACCAGAUAUGCCCCCAGUGCCAGAUAUGCUCCCAGUGCCAGGUACACAUGUCCCCCCAGUGCCAGAUAUGCCCCCAGUGCCAGAUAUGCCCCCAGUGCCAGGUACACAUGUGUCCCUAGUGCCAGCUAUGCCCCAGUGCCAGGUACACAUGUCCCCCCAGUGCCAGAUAUGCCCCCAGUGCCAGGUACACAUGUCCCCCCAGUGCCAGAUAUGCCCCCAGUGCCAGGUAUACAUGCCCCCCAGUGCCAGAUAUGCCUCAAGUGCCAGGUAUACAUGUCUCCCCAGUGCCAGAUAUGCCUCAAGUGCCAGGUACACAUGCUCCCCCAGUGCCAGAUAUGCCCCCGGUGCCAGAUAUGCUCCCAGUGCCAGAUAUGCCCCCAGUGCCAGGUACACAUGUACCCCCUCUCCCCUCCCCUCCUGCUCACCACUGCUGCUCCUCUCCUGUGUGUGUCUCAGUGUCUGUGUGAGGGGAGGAGAGCACUGCCUGCGCCUCUCCUUCCCCUCAGUCUGCGGCGGGUGCAGGAGUCUCAGUUCAAUUCAGCGCCGAUCCGUGAGCCAAUCAAAGCUCGCGGUCCGCUGCCGGUCCGCGAGCUCUGAUUGGCUCACCGGCGGCACUGAAUUGAGCAAAGACACAGAGGGGCAGGAGAGGCGCAGGCUGCGCUCUCCUACCCUCACAUCGGUAGCGGUGAGCAGCAGAUGGAGGGAGGGAGGGACGGGGAGCGGCGGCCCGUCGGUGUGGGUACGGCGUACCCACGGCUAAAUUCUUAAGGGUACGCCGUACCCACCCGUACCCACACACUUGCACCGCUGGUCAGUGUCAGGGACUGCGUCAAAAGAUACAGUUUCGUUGGAUAGUCUAAGCAACCAUAGUGCUGCUCCAAAGUCCGUUGGCACGACGGAUGUCCAAUCGAUGGUGGAUCUUUCUGUGCACAUCGGUGGAUUCAUGAGGCAGCAGGUGGGCAUCUCAAUAGGACACCUGUUGGCCGCAGCAUUACCACACAGACCCUGCAGCUACUGCCACUACGUCCACCUGUGACCUGAACCACAACUUAAUAAGCAAUGUGCACUUAUUCAAAUGAAGACAUAAUUAUGUAAGUAGCUACAUAAAGAAAAGUCAUAGUUAUAGAAAGCAGCUAGAUGAGCAAAGUUGGUAUCACAAAGCCUUUUAAAACACUUUGGACCUUAUUCAGAGAUGAACGCAGAUCACUGCAUACGCAGCCAGAUCUGCAUUCAUCUCCUCACAUGCUGGGGGCCGCCCAGCUUAGGGCAAGACCGACCAGCAUGCGAGAGGCCUCCUCCCAAUGCGUCUGCAAUUACAUUGCGGACACUUUGGAACUAAGGUUGACCCCUGGAAGCGCAGCCUCUACCAUUUUUUUUCUAGAGCAGCUGCAUGUGACGUCACGCAGCCCCCCUGUAAAUGGUCCCGCCCCACCCCGAUGUGCAUGUGCAAACCACCUGGUUGCAGCGUGUGAACACGCGGCAGCGUUCAGGUCUGAAUAUCCAGCUUUCUUUUUACAGCCAUAAAAAUAAAUUUGGUUUUGAGAAAUCGUUUUACAAACAAAUUACAUACAUUUUAGAUCCUGUUUUAGAACCACAGUUUAAUAAAGUGUCUAUAAUUACAGUGAGUGUAUGCAAAUGCAAAAUGCUUAUGCUGCAAAUAAACCUGGGUGUAAAAUGUUUCCUUUGUUUAAAUGUACAGGUAGCAGUGUGACAUGUGAGACCCCAUCCUUGGUUGUCCUAUUUUGCCCCAGCAAUUUGAAAAUCAGAUUAAAAACAUAAUCUUGGAUGUA